AUGAAUCCUAUACGUCGGGUGGCGGUCAUUGGAGCUGGGCCAUCUGGCCUGGCCUCGGUAAAAUAUCUCCUGGCCGAGAAGUACUUCGACCAAAUCGAUGUUUUUGAACAGAGAAGCUGUGUUGGGGGAGCCUGGAAUUACAGCCCCAGCCCCUGUAAAAGAACAGUUUCGACUUCCGUCCCUCAUCUCAAUCCAAAUGAGCCGGUUGAGAAGCCGACCUGGGUGGAUCAACCCGACGGGACACGCGAAGCGGUCUUUGUGUCGCCUCUUUAUGAUAUGCUUGAGACAAACAUUCCUAAGGAGUUGAUGCGCUUUGCAGAAAAGUCGUUUCCUCCGCAAACUCAAUUAUUUCCCAAACACCACAUGGUAAAGCAAUAUCUAGAAGAUUAUGCAAAAGACGUGAAGAGCUUUGUCCAGUUUGAGACUCAAGUGGUGGACGUGCAAUUGAAAGACUCCAGCUUGAGUACUUGGGAGUUGGUCACCAAAAACCUCCGCACAGGCGUGGCAAAGUCCAGCAUAUACGACGCUGUGGUAGUUGCAAGCGGUCAUUUUACUGUCCCUUACCUCCCAGAUAUACCUGGUAUCCAAAGUUGGGACGAAUUUUAUCCAGGGGCUAUCUCGCACUCCAAGUUCUAUGAUUCUCCCGAAGCCUUUCGAGACAAGAAGGUGGUUGUGGUUGGGAGCUCUGCCUCUGGGCUAGACAUCGGCGCCCAAAUCAAUGGAGUGAGCUUGGGUAAAAUCCUGGCCUCCCAAAAAUCGGAAUCCUACCUGUCCGCUUCAUCUCCAGCGGAUAAGAUCAUUUGUCCAGAGAUUGUCGAGUUUUUGUCUCCGGCAAGUCAUGACCGAGCCGUCCGUUUUGCAGAUGGCCGUGUCGAGGAGCAAGUCGAUGCUGUCGUCUUCUGUACAGGAUACUUCUAUUCCUUCCCGUUUUUGUCAUCUCUCGAGCCUCCGGUUGUUACGCAUGGAUGGCGAACAAUGAACACAUUCCGGCAUUUAUUCUACAUUGAUCGCCCCACUCUGGCGUUCCCCGUCUUGUCCCAGCGAGUGAUUCCAUUCCCUAUGGCCGAGAACCAAGCCUCUGUCUUUUCUCGCGUGUGGUCAGGCCGCCUCCAGCUUCCCUCUACAGAAGAAAUGAGAACGUGGGAGAGUAUUGAAAUCGCAACCAAGGGUGAUCAGAAAGCCUACCACGUGCUUCAAUUCCCGCAGGACGCAGACUAUCUAAACUUCCUGUAUGACUGGGCAGCGUCGGCCGAGCCCCGUAUAGGGCUUGACAACAGUGGGAAAGGGAAACUCGGCACGUAUUGGGGUGACCGAGAGAGGUGGAUGCGGGCCAACUUCCCUGAAAUUAGAAGAGCUUUUGUUCAGAAGGGCGAUCAACGGGAGGAGAUCCGGUCCCUUGCAGAGCUCGGGUUCGUAUUCGAGGAGCAUAAGAGGGAACAGGGACAAGUAAAGCUAUGA